CUUCUCUGCUAUAUAUAUUCAUAAAGCACUGUUUGUUUUCAUUGUUUUUUGAUGUUUUUUUCGUGUAUUGUGAAAUAAAUUAGACACACACAUCCUAAAAAUUAUAUUUUUCAAAUACUGGCGUUCAAUUUGUAUAGCUAUAUGCUUGAAUAUGUCUUCUUCAACGGGAUGUGACACACUAAGAAUUUUACGCUUACCUCCAUAUUUAAAUGAUGCAAAAAGAGAUGAAUUAUUCAAAAAAUAUGGUGCUACUAAUACCAAAACAAUUAGAAAAUCGGACAAUUAUACUGAAACCUUUGUUAAAUUUGCAUCGAAAGCAGAAGCUACAAGAGCUUUUUUGCACCUACAUCAAUUAGAAAUUAAGGGACAAUAUUUAUCGGUGGAAUUUGCUCGAAAAUCUAUGGAUGAAUUGAUUGAUAAUGGAUUAUCAACAUCGAAGAGUAUCAAUGAUAAUGAAGAGACGGUUGAUUCCACGCAUUUCCAAGCUUUUAUAAAUAAAUUGAAUACUUGGGCUUCUGGUUACGAUUUUUCACAACCACCACCUCCAAAUAUUAUGUACAAAUAUCCACUACCUACUAAGACUACUUUGUUACGAAUAGCAAUUCAACUUUUAAAAGAACCUGCAUUUUAUACUCAGGUUUUACAUUUAAUGAAUAAAAUGAAUUUACCUCCACCGUUUGAAGAGCUUGAAGCGGAAUUUCCAAGUUUAAAGGAAGCUUACGAUGUAGAUAAUUAUCAAGACAUUUUCGGUAGAGUUAUUAGUGAUACAGAAGAGAUAAAAGAUGAUAAAUUGCCUGAAGGAGAAGAUGAGGAGGAAGAGUCAGAGUUGGAAUCAGAUGAAGAAAGUAAUGUAAAACCUGUAGAAGUAAUUCCUGUCAAAAGAAAAUUAAGACAAUCCACAAAACGAUUAAAGAUUCCUAAGUUUGUUAACCCUACAAAGCAUCCAAUAUCUGUGAAUUCUACGCAAAAAGUAAUUAGACCUGAAGAUAUGUUUGAGUCUGUCCAACGAGAAGAGAUAAAAAAUAUGAAAAUCGAAUUGAAGUCAGUGGGAAAAUUAAUGAAUCAAGAAAGUAUUGACGUUAAUAGAAGCAAUAAAGAUUUGCAGGAACCAGAAGGAGGAUUUGGAUUGAUGUUCCCAGCUAAAAAAGAUGAUGAAGAAAGUAAGACUGAAGUUGAAGAAGAAAAACCGAAGGAAUUUAUUUCGUCAGAAGAGCUAGCUGCUAAUCGAGUAUCUGCAAAUGAUCAAAGAGUGUUACCAGUAUUUAAAAAUUAUCAUCCUGGAAAACCUUCAUGUCGACUGUAUAUUAAAAACCUAGCGAAACAAGUUGAAUUGAAGGACCUUCACUACAUUUAUCGAAGAUAUGUUAUUUCAAGUUUAGAGAACUCUGAGUCUCAAUACGAUGUCCGGUUAAUGCAAGAGGGAAGGAUGAAAGGGCAGGCUUUUGUUACAUUUCAAAAUACUGGUCAAGCCCAGCUUGCUUUGAAUGAAACUAAUGGGUUUAUUCUGAAAGAUAAACCCAUGGUUGUACAGUUUGCCAAAGUCACAAAAAGUUCGUGAUUCGAGGUAGGAAAUGAAAAUAAAAUAUAGCUUAAUGGAGUUAGCCAUUCAGGCAAUGACCAACAAACUUCUUAAUAUGAGCAUGUAAAUAUUGUAAAUAAGUAUUUUAAAUAUAAAAUGGAACAUUUAGAUCUAUGGAAAAUUAAUAAAAAACAUUUAUUUAGUUUUAUAA